GGCUGCGCGUGCUCCCGCCCCUCGCGCCGCUCGCUCGCUCGCCGGCCGGCGGCCUCGGCUGGGCCUCGCUGCGGAGCGCGGCGCCCGACCUCCCGCCUGGGCCACGGCCCGCGCCACCCGCGCCCGCGCCGAGCGGCUGGCGGGCCCUCACGCAGGCCGAUGGCGGCGGCCGCGGCGGCGCUCUCGGGCGUGGGCCCCCCACCAGCGGGCGGCGCGGCCGGGGGCGGCGGGGCCGGGGGCGGCGGGUCCCCGCCGGGCGGCUGGGCCGUGGCGCGACUCGAGGGCCGCGAGUUUGAGUAUCUGAUGAAGAAGCGCUCCGUGACCAUCGGGCGCAACUCGUCGCAGGGCUCGGUGGACGUGAGCAUGGGGCACUCGAGCUUCAUCUCCCGGCGCCACCUCGAGAUCUUCACGCCCCCGGGCGGCGGCGGCGGCCAUGGCGGGGCGGCCCCGGAGCCGCCGGCCGCGCAGCCCAGGCCCGACACGGGCGGCGACUUCUACCUGCGCUGCCUCGGCAAGAACGGCGUGUUCGUGGACGGCGUGUUCCAGAGGCGCGGGGCGCCGCCGCUGCAGCUGCCGCGCGUGUGCACGUUCAGGUUUCCGAGCACAAACAUCAAGAUCACAUUCACUGCCCUGUCCAGCGAGAAGAGGGAGAAGCAGGAGGCGCCUGAGUCCCCGGUGAAGGCCGUGCAGCCGCACAUCUCGCCCCUGACCAUCAACAUUCCAGACACCAUGGCCCAUCUCAUCAGUCCCCUCCCGUCCCCCACGGGGACCAUCAGUGCUGCCAACUCCUGCCCAUCCAGCCCCCGGGGAGCAGGGUCUUCAGGGUACAAAGUGGGCCGAGUGAUGCCAUCUGACCUCAAUUUAAUGGCCGAAAACUCGCAGCCAGAACAUGAAAAGGAAACUUCCGGAGGAGACAGCCCAAAGGAUGACUCAAAGCCACCUUAUUCCUAUGCACAGUUAAUAGUGCAAGCAAUUACGAUGGCUCCUGAUAAACAACUUACCCUAAAUGGAAUUUACACACACAUCACAAAAAAUUACCCCUACUACAGGACUGCAGACAAGGGCUGGCAGAAUUCAAUUCGCCACAAUCUCUCUCUGAAUCGUUAUUUCAUCAAAGUACCGCGUUCCCAGGAAGAACCAGGCAAAGGCUCAUUCUGGAGGAUAGAUCCUGCCUCUGAAAGCAAAUUAAUAGAGCAGGCUUUUAGGAAAAGACGGCCUAGGGGCGUGCCUUGCUUUAGAACCCCUCUGGGACCGCUCUCUUCUAGGAGCGCCCCAGCCUCUCCCAAUCACGCUGGGGUACUGUCUGCUCACUCCAGCGGCGCCCAGACCCCCGAGAGCCUGUCCAGGGAAGGUUCGCCGGCACCCCUGGAGCCUGAGCCUGGCGCCUCACAGCCCAAACUCGCUGUCAUCCAGGAAGCUCGGUUUGCCCAGAGUGCACCAGGGUCACCUCUGCCCAGCCAGCCAGUCCUCAUUGCUGUUCAGCGACAGCUGCCACAGGCGGUUAAGCCCGUCACUUACACGGUUGCAGCCCCAGUGACCACUCCAACCUCCCAGCCACCCGUUGUGCAGACAGUUCACGUCGUCCACCAGUUACCAGCGGUGUCGGUCACCAGUGUAGCUGGACUGGCCCCAGCAAACACUUACACUGUUGCAGGACAAGCUGUGGUCACUCAGGCGGCUGUGCUGGCCCCCACCAAGUCUGAGCCGCAGGAGAACGGCGAUCACAGGGAAGUGAAAGUGAAAGUAGAACCUAUUCCCGCCAUUAGCCAUCCCACAUUAGGCGCUGCCAGCCGGAUCAUUCAGCCGUCACAGACCACCCCUGUCCAGACAGUCACCAUAGUACAACAGGCGCCUCUAGGUCAACACCAGCUACCAAUAAAAACUGUAACACAAAAUGGUACUCAUGUGGUACCAAUCCCCAGCGCAGUCCAUGGCCAGGUGAACAAUGUCUUGAGACCUGGUACAGGAGUCCAGUGGCUCCCAGGCUUCCUGAGUCCGCGUCACCAGGGAGCCAGCAGUCCCAGAGUGCUGCUUCCCCAGGUCCCCACCCAGACAGGACUGCUUGUUCCAGGAGCGGAAUUUCUGCAUCACAGUAAAUCUGUGUUGACGGCAGCGAGCCCUCUGCACAUGCUGGCAACCCACGCGUCAGCAUCAGCCUCCCUGCCCACAAAGCGCCAGAAUGGCGACCAGCCAGAGCAGCCAGAGCUGAAGCGGCUGAAAACAGAGGACAGUGAGAGUAUCGUCAUCGCCCUGAGCAUGGACACGCCACCGGCAGCUGCGAGGGAGAAAGGCAUCCAAAACUAGCAUCUGGGAGAGCUUUUUUACUUCAAAAAUUUCAACUUUGUGGUGCCAAAAGGAGACAUUGCCUCUCACCGAUGCUCCUUCGGUGGGUAGAGGGCCCUGCGGUUGGACUUCACCUCUCAGCACUGAAAACAAAAAACCCAGGUGGCCUUAAAGCUCCUUAAUUUAAAGACAGAAGUCACACUUGAACAAAAACACAUACAACAAAACUGGUUCUGAGAUGGUGGCUCUGCUGCCAAGCACUCACCAUGCCGCUGCCUCUGGGUGCAGCUUUUAACUACAAGUAAGAAAACUCCCGGGCCUUCCCCUGGACCAGACUGCAUGUGAGGAUGGUGGGCAGCACCUGAUGAGCAGGCCUCUGGGACUAGGGCCUCUCCAGAGGCCAGGCAGAACCCGCCGGUGGCACUGGGAGAUCAGACAGUAUUUUGUUGCUCUCACGUGGAAUUAGAAUUAUUUGAUGUGUAUGUUCUUUACACAAUAAUGGGGUCUUUGACAUUUCACAUCACUCCAUUUCUGCUCUGGAAAUUUUGGAAUCACACAGGACUUUCAUGUGGAUUUCAUUUGGGGAAAGAAACAACAUAAUUUUGUGUUUUUGUUGUUUUCAGCCUAGCCGGUGGAAUGAUUUACUUUUGCCUGUCUUGUUAAAGUUCAGAUGGAGCUACUCUGUGACAGCUGCAGAUGUCCUAUGGUAGAGCAGUUGCCUGAAGGAUUUCAGCACCUCCGUCUUGGUGGGUGGGACAGACAAGCGGCACCGCAGCCACAGGUGCAGGCCCGGGCACAUGAGGCACAUGUGAGGGCCCAGGGAUGAGCCUGUCAUGCAAAAGAGCUGCUGGGACUCCUCGAGCUGCACUUAACUGUUCUCUUUCUUGGUAUUUUUUAUUGUUUGUUUCUUUGUGUUGACUUUGUCCCUGGCAAAAUAUUUUCACUCUAAGUAAAACCAGUCUCCUAAGUAUUGUGUAUGUUUAAAGUGACAGAGCCAUUAUUACUACAUUUAGAAAAAAGAUUCAGUCUUUUAUUGUGCCCUUUAUCGCAUCCUUGCCAGCUCUGGUGGCAUCUGACGAGCUCUCGGCUCAACUGUGUUGGAGUUUUGCGUUUUCCCCAUGCAGUGAGAGCCCCAGCUGCUGGUUCAUCCCAGGGUCUAGGUGAGCAUCUUGCUGAGAAGUGCUGGAGAUGGUUGGGCCAUUUUCUGAUUUGCAGUAGGAAACUUCCUGGCCUUUCAGAACUGAACACUGUAAUGCUAAGGCUGACCCUCCUGCAGAUAUUCAAAGGGAGAGGGAGGAGACAGGUGCAAGUGGGGAGUGGGGGCCCCACAGUCUCAGCUCUGCUCCUUGGGAGGAGAACUCCCAGGGUCAGGACAGCAGAGAGCAAACAGAAAGGGCUCUAGCCUUAUUGUGAAUUUUUAAUGUCAUCAUCAUAACAUUAUUUAUUUAAAUGUAGUUAUUUUGGUAUUUAAUUUUUUUAAAGAAGGGGAAAAACCUGUAUUUUCCUGGUGGAUUGAAACAGCUCGGAAUGGUGUAUUUAGGCAAUUUUAAAACACUUAUUUACAUAAAGACCAAAUAUGAUAAAUCUCUUGUAAGUAUUGUGUAUCGAUCCACAGUAUGGGGCUGUCACAUGUCAUUGCAGAUGGUGCAUAUUAAAAAGUCUGGAGUUACUGCAUACUAGCUGGGUUAUAACUCAGCCAGUUAGAGAAUAAAAGUGAAACCAUCAUUGGAAUGAGACCCUAUGUGUGACAGCAGUGAGCGGCAGCAUGUGGAGCUGGUCGGCCCCUCAGGGCUCAGUCUGCAACUUCUGAGCACUGAACAGAUACCUUGGAAUGUAUAUUUUUGUCUUUUACUCAGAAGGUUUGCAAUUUGCAAAAUAAUUUGGAUUGUGCUGUUUCUUGGGGGGGGGGGGUUCGGGCCACUCCACAGAGCAGGGCCAGACCCAUCAGUCACACCUAACAGGGGUUUUGCCUGGAGGCCAGCCCUCAAGCUCUCAGUGGACAGACAAGGACACUGGCUUGUGCAGUGCUAAGCGAGUGGACUGCGUCCUUCUGGAGAUGCAUUUACACAGCAGGAAGCCAAACUCUGGGUAGAUUUUCCCUACAUAAGCUCGGUCCAUAAACCGGUUACUUCUGAUGUUAAAACAUAGAAUUUACAGAUUUGGAAGGGUUUCUGUUGGGGUCACAGGUAAGAAAUUGCCAGCUCCCAAAUGUUAAGGAAAGGAAGCAGCAUUCUCCGCCUGGUGCCCAGACCCAAGAGCACCUUGUCAGGUGUGGACUCCCUGCUCUUUGCUCCUGCCUUGGCCGUAGGCUACUAAGAAUAUCCAGGAGAUGCAGAAACAAAACCACAGAUCAGCAAACUGCCAUGCCCAGGUCUUGUCGAUCUUUAAGGUAUAGUUUUUAAAUUCUGGAUUUAGCUCUGACUUCCUAAGAGCCCUCCACACACACCAAGGGCUGCUGAGCUGCCCUGGCAUCACUGCCUGGCGCUCACAGGCCAGCCUAGGUGUCCUGCCUGUGAUGGCCACCGUGUGUGGCAGGGAAUGCCCCGCUCUCCACUGUGGCUCCUCAGUGUCUUAUUUUCAAGAAGGCUCCACUUUGACCUUUGUCAAACUUCUGGGCUCCUCAGGGACUAGAAACUGAAUUUCAGCAGCUUUGUCCUGAACCAAACAAUACAAAAGGGAAACUCACGUGAUCCAAAUUACGUGGGGUGUUCCAAGUGUGCGUAAUGUGAUGUAGGGCUGGUGCUCCCUUACUUGAGGAUAGUGUGCUUGUGGACAGUUGGCCUCCUGAGAUAUCCACCACUCUGUGAUUGUCCCCUGCUAGAGUAACAGUAGCUGGUAGUUGUGGUCGGGGGGAGGGGGGGGGCAGUGUCAGGACUUGGGGUUUCUGUGCUGUGGGACAUAAGGGGAGAAGCGACAAUCUUUAACCCUAACUUCCACUAUUCUAGAAAGUAUAGUGGUGAUUUGUGUACAAAGAUUUGAAAUUUUUAAAAAGUACCAAGUUCCUGAAAUUCAAUAAAAUAUUUUUAUUAAUUUUAAU